AUGGGCUCCUCAAGCAAGGCGUCCGACAACCCCUCCAAAGUCAUCAAGACAGAACCGCUCGACUACAAAGACGCUAAAUGGGCAACCCUCGUCUCCAUUACCUUCAAAGACCCCGAAGGCAAAGAACGCCUCUGGGAAUCCGCUGAGCGUCUCACUCGUCCCAAAGGCUGCGACAUCGAUGCCAUCGGCGUCGCCGCCAUUCUAGACGACCCAUCCAAGCCGGACGAAACACCUCACAUCGUCCUGCAGAAGCAGUGGCGUGCACCGGCAGAUGCAGUCGUGAUUGAGAUUCCAGCUGGUUUGAUGGACCCUGGUGAGAGUGCGGAGGAGUGUGCAAUUCGUGAGUUGAAGGAAGAGACAGGGUAUGUGGGCAGGGUCAUUGAGGGAAGCUUUGGGAUUAGUCCUGUGAUGUUUAACGAUCCCGGCUUCUGCAAUACGAACCUUAGGAUGAUCCAGGUCACGGUCGAUAUGUCCCUCCCAGAGAACCAGAAUCCUCAGCCAAGUCUUGAGCCAGGGGAAUUCAUCGAGACAUUCACUGUCCCGUUGACAGAUCUCUACGAGGAAUGUGUGAAGUUCGAAAAAGAAGGCUAUGUGCUGGAUGCGAGGGUUGGCACGCUGGCACAGGGUGUCGAAUUUGCGAAGAGGUGGAAGUUGACAUGAGCGAGAUGUCAACGAGAGGGUGAG